UUGAGUGUAAUACCAGUAGCUCUUGAGGCCGGUUGAGUCAGUGUGGUUCUCCAGGUUGUGGACAACUGCUGACGACUCUGUGGGUUCGCUUUGAGACGGUUAAAAGGAGUUCGGAAGUUCUUGGAAGGCGAUAUGCUGAAGUUAAUUUUCUUUGCCGCAUUGCUCGGCAGUGCGCUGGCGGAAGGCAUCUCGCAGCAACAGGAGAUCUACAUUGUAGCGGGCGUCCUUGGCGGCGUGUGCCUUUUGCUUACGGUCGCCUGCAUUUUCAACACCAUUACUAUCAUCGGCUUACAAUCGAGAGUAGCAUUACUACAAGCUGCUGGCACGGCCGCUGUAAAGGCAGUUACAGAAACUCAACCGCCACGUAGUGAAGCGCCAAGAAGAGAGCCACCUCGUGACAACCCUUAUUACCCGGAGCCGAAGGGCAGGGACGACCUCAACCGCACAAACCGGCAAGAGGACCCCUAUCGUCGCCCUCCUUCUCGCGAAAACUAUAGGAUGGAGAGGAUGGACAGGGGAGAGAGAUAUAUGGACAGAAACAACUACCAUGAUGUAUACUAUAGCAUUGGAAAUAAUGCCAGACCUGGGGCACCACCUCGAUCACACCGUUCUGAUGACCACCGAUCUGCAGGAUACUACUGAGCUUUUUUUUCUCCUAGGUGAUAGUUCAUAAAUAGUUAAUAAAGUUCACUGCAAGUAACCAUAGAGAAAAUACUUAUUCCUAUAAAGAUGUUUCUUAUGGAGCCACAAAAAAAUGGAAAUACUUCAUGAUUAUGAUAAGUAAAAUUAUUUUGGAUUUUUUGUUCUUUUUUUGUUCUUUUUUUGUAGACUGAUUACAUUUUUGAGAAAUUAAAAAAAUAGAAUGCAUUUACAUGCAAGAACAGUUUGGUUCCAGUUUCAACAGAUAUGAAAAUUCAACAAUCAGUAUUUCUUUGCUUCUGAUUAAAGAAAUAUGCAAGGAAGUUUCAGAUAUUUAUGUUUUUUAUUGUACUACAAUGAAGAGAUGAAUGGUAACAAAAAGAACAAAAACAAUAUUAUGAAAAGCUCUUGCCAGUCUAAGCCUUAUUUAUUUAUUUACAAGAUAUAAUUUAAUGAACUAAAAUAUAUACUGUAAUAAAACUACAAGCUUUGCUAUCUAAAAUGACAUUUCGAGUUUAUUAGGACAAUAUUAUAAAUCAUGAAGUCUUUAAUAAAGUAACUCCUAUAUAGGCUUACAUAACUUGUUUUUAGGUUAAAUGCAUUAGAUGUCUUAUUAUUAGACCUUUUGUUUUUGUUAGUUAAGUGGUUUUGCUUGAAUUACUUUUUAAGUUGUAUUGUGGUUCAUGUGAAAUAAAAUGAAUUAAUCUUUGGGACUCACCAAUUCUUUAAUUAAAUUAUGUUUUGCUCACUUUAUGUAAAACAUUGCCCACAAAAAUGUUUGUAAAUAUAUAAAUAUAUAUAUAUAUAUAUAUAUAUAUAUAUAUAUUUUGGAUUUCUUUUAUCAGUAUUGAUAUUUAUUGUUGAAGGUUUACUAUCAGCUGAUAUCUGGAGAGCAAACAAAAAAAAUCAAAUAAUUCCCAAACAUAUUAUCUGGCUAUUGGUACUUUAAUAAAUUUCUUAACAUUA